AUGAUAACUGCCACUCUCGUGCUUGGAAUACCAGUUGUUCAGGUCUUCCAGAGAAUCCUGAUAGAAGCCGAGAAACCUGACCUGGUCGUAUUCAAUGGUGACGCCUAUUCGGACUACAGCGCGCCAAAGUGCUGUGAAGUGGANNNNUCACCUCGGAUUCGACACCGCCGUGUACAGGUGUCUCCUUGUUGGGUCAGAUUCCUUACGCUUUCGUUCUGGGCAAUCACGACCAUUUCCGUCCGGGCUUGA